AUGGACUGCAACGUGCCCGGCAAUGAGACCUCCGGCAACGAGUUUGGCAAUGUUGCAUGCAACGCCCACUGGUACUGCGAGAACAGGAGCCCCGUCCUCUUCCGCGUGUGUUCCGAAUCCCGCCGCGAGGCGCUGGCCUUCUUCAGGAUCCACCUGCCCAUGCGCUCUCCCGAUCCUGACAGCCACGGCCGCCCGUCCCUGAAUCAGCGAAACCCGGCGUGGGACCGCAUCUACAUCAACCCCGACUGGGACCUCGUCCUCUACCAGGGAGCCACCCGCUCGGUGGCCAUCCUUGCCAGCGACCUCCUGGCCUACGAUCCCAACCACGAGGGCGUGGCUCACUACGGGGCCCAGGGCAUCAGGGACGUCAAUCCAGACCCCGGCUUCGGGAUGGCCACUCUGAGCGAAUCGCUGGCCUUCCUCAAAAGCUUUGUUUUGUGCACCGCUGAUACGUCAGACAUGGUCCGUCCACUGGGAGAGGGCUACAUCCAUGCCGUCGCGGGCGAGAUUGGCCGGGAGGGCAUGCAGAUGAUCGACUGGGCGUCGCACUCGCGCAUGCUGAUGAGGACCUUUAGCAACAGCGAAGUGAGGAGAACUCUGGUUCAUAGCAAAGACGUAGAACAGCGUGUGGUCGACGACCUCGUUACGGUGGAGAUGAGCACGCGCUUCCGCAGCACCACCGUGCAGAAAGCACUCGACUCGUCGGCAACAGGCCGGGUGCUCCAGCUGGCAUGGCAGCCUCCGGACCGCAAGAUUUCCCAUGUCAUGCACCUGACCACGGCGCCGUUAACGGUAUGA